AUGGGCACUCUUCUGUUCCCUCUCUUCCGCGACCAAUUCUUUGAUGGAGAUGCUGAAAAAGCAUGGAGGACUGUCUGCAUUGUACCUGCCAUUGUCGCGGCUACAACUGCCAUCAUCGUUGUCACCACCAGCGAAGAUUGUCCCGAUGGAAACUACAAGCAAAUAAAGAAGGAUGGACGCAUGUCCGAAGUCGCGGCUUCCGCGUCCUUCCGCUCGGGGGCCAUUGAUUUUAACACAUGGUUGCUAUACUUGCAGUAUGCAUGUUGCUUUGGAGUGGAAUUGACCAUGAACAAUUUCACUGCAACAUACUUUGUUGACAAAUUUGCAUUGAGUACUGAGAGCGCCAGUGCCAUUGCUUCCAUUUUCGGGUUCAUGAACAUUUUCGCUCGUGGAUUGGGAGGAUUCACUUCGGACAAGUUCAUGAACAAGUACAAUAUGCGGGGUCGUAUCUUUUGGCAGGCGACCACUUUGAUCAUGGAAGGAAUCUGUAUCUUCCUUUUUGCUUCCGUCGACCAAUUGUGGGCCGCCAUUAUGUUGUUGACCUUCUUUUCCAUCUUUGUGCAAGCUGCGGAGGGAAGCACCUACGGAAUCGUCCCUUAUGUCAACCCUACCGCUCCCGGAGCGGUCGCCGGAAUUGUUGGAGCGGGAGGUCCCACUGGAGCUGUCUUGUUUGGAUUGGGAUUCCGUCAAAUUGAAAAUGUCAGGCACGCUUAUUAUUUGAUGGCAUCCAUUGUCAUCGUCUCAGGAGUUUCUUGCCUGUUUCUGUGCGUCAAGGGACACCGCGGCUUCUUGUGGGGUGAGGACACAGACCGUCAAACUUUGAUGAUCCCCAACAUGGAAGAAGAAGAUCAGGAGCCGCAGGAUGUCAAGGUUGACGAGGCCGAGGAAGAAGGAUCUUCUGAUGAUCAAGUGGUCACCGUUGAAGCUUAAAGUCUAUCUAUUUAUGCUAGACCAUGCCAAAUCCAAGCACACGCACAACACAGCUACAACGCAACCCCCAAGUUGUAGGCCUUCAUUAAUCCAAUCAUACUCAAAUAAACCUCAUACCUCUCUCUCAAC